AUCACAGCCAGAGUCUCCCUGGCAGGGUGUCCACUUUCGGCAGCUAGCUGUUGUUUUUACCUCGUGUUUUAAUUGAAACAUUUUGAUACUAACCUUUACUUGACACCUCUGGACGCUUGCUGCCAUGAAGGAAAGCAGAAUUUUUGUGAUUUUCUUGGUGCUUUCCGCCUCUCUUCUGUGCACAGCCGAAGCGGGCAGGGGCAGGAGCGGCAGCAGCAACCAGAACAGCUUCAGACGGGCAGCUAACGGCAUCUACCAGACUCUGAGCAGCGUGUUCGGGGAGGAUAACAUCAGAGCCCUGUACAAGUUUUUCUCCAAAGCAACAGAGCGAUUCGUCCAUGGAGUGGACUCUUUUCUGGAUACCAUCUGGAAGAUCUGGUCGGAUCUGCUUGAUGUGAUGGGAAUUGAUUCAUCAAACCUCAGCCACUACUUCAGUCUCACGUCUCUAAGCAACGCCCCAGCACGCGCCUUGCUCCUGAUCGCUGCCUUACUGUUGGCCUACUGGUUCCUAUCCAUGUUCCUGGGAGGAGUGUUUUAUCUGCUGCAUGCAGUCUUUGGACGCUUCUUCUGGCUGGUGAGGGUCAUACUUUUCGCCCUGUCCUGCCUCUACAUCCUGCAGAAGUUCGAGGGCGACCCGGAGCGAGCCGUGCUGCCUCUGUGCUUCAUCAUGGCUGUGUACUUCAUGACUGGACCCGUUGGAGCGUACUGGCGUCGAGGAGGCGGGGCGGGCACGCUGGAGGAGAAAAUCGACCACCUGGACACUCAGAUCAGGCUGCUCAACAUCAGGCUGAGCCGCGUCAUAGACAGCCUCGAGCACAGCGGGGAGCAGUAGACCCGGAGCAAGGAGAAGGGUCAGGGUUGACCACAAGUAUUUAACUCACUUUCCUAAUAUCAUCUGCAGGAAAACAACUACCAGGUAUUUACAACUCAACUGUCAGGUGGGAUAAACUAAGAUCUGAACACAGGGUUUUAAAGGCUUGAGUCAAUUAUUGGAAGAUAAAAGUAAAAUUUCUCUUAAGAUUUAGACACGUCAACAAACCAAACAUUUUUGCUUGAUUAUGAUAAACAGAAAAACAUUGGGAAAUUUUUUGUACAACUGUAAAGAAGUUUAGCUGUGAGCUCUCUUUCUCUUUUACACAUCUCAGCAACUUAUAACAAGCUGUCAAAUGAUAGAUUUAUUUUUCUUUUGUUGAAGUACAUAGAGUGCUCAUGCUACGAAAAUAAACAUUUUAUAUUUAGAUUUUUGCUUUUUGAGACCCCUUGAAAUCUCUGUUUGAAACUGCUGUUAAAAAAUAUAAUGUGAGCACGAAUGCCUGACUUGAAUUGAGACAUUGUUAUUUCUGAUAUGUAAAGAUGUUGUAUAGUUGUCCACAGUGAGAUUUAUUUAUUUCAUCCAAACAUAUUGAAAUUUCUUCUGUUUAAUGACCAUCUUGUGGCGAAUAUGACGUCCAGACCGUUUUUUGUGUGUGUUUCGGUACAUGAGUCAAUGCCGCCGUGACCUGCUUCAGUGUGUGUUUGUGGUCAGGCAUAGGAAUUGGAAAAACACUGCAUCUAAAGUCACAUUCUGAUGUGGAAACAAUACAGAGAGCCAGCAAUAUCUCAGGGACUCACUCAGCACAUAAUGUAAUACGAGUUCUAUUAUAAGUCACGUUUUGUCGCUUGAUGUCUGUGUGUUGUUUAAUUUAUGCAUACCGUCCACAGAAAUCCUACUUUUUAUGUUGUAAUUGUUGUGGUGACUCAAAUCGAGUCAUGUUUUUAUCACAUCCAUGCUCCAAUACUUCGAGUCACAGGAUACUGGCUAAUUGGUUUUAGAAAAAUCACCUUUUUCAGAACACAGUUUAGAUUGUAUGUCAUAACAAAACUGAAGGAUAAAUGGUGUUGCACAAUUCUGGAUAGUUGGAAAUCAUUAGAAAUUUUUGGAAAGUAACUAUUAACAGUAAUAUUUAAAAAUGUUAAACGUUGGUACUCACCAAGGAUAUCAAAUAGGGGGUUAUUUUAGCAUAACUUUGAAUACAUUUUAGUGUAUCUGCAGUUCCUCCAUCCUGUGUACAGGGGGUUUCUGGAAAUCCAGUCAUUUCCCAUUCAUUCCCCAAAUUCCCAGUUAAAGUUUUGAAAUUACUCCAAAGUGGAAAUUGCUGAAACAUUUCAGUAAAUCUUAUUUUCAAUCAAGUUGAAACUCAAGUAUCUGUACUUGAGUAUUUAUUACUCAACAGAUACUUAUCACUUCAAUCAUCUCAAAAAGAAAGUACAUUGGAUCUAAUUUUGUGGCUUUUCAAAGUUGCAAAUACAUCGAUAUUUUCUGUACAAUGGGUUAUACUUUAGUGAGUUUUGUCUUUUUGGCCAUUUCACUGGAGAAAUACCCUGGUGAGAUUUCUUCCCAUCCAUGUUUUAUAGCUUUGGAGGAGUCAUUCAAACAUUGUGAUGACCCAUAAUGCAAGGCAGCAAACAUCUCUGGCUGAAAGAAAAUAAAUUAAGUUUUAUUGAGGAAAUUAAAAUCAAAAUGUUCUUGUUACUUUAAUCACUAACAACUUCUUCCUUGACAUGGGAUCAUGCCAUUUUAAUGAAGAUUGGGUUGAAAGCAGGGAUUUUGUUAGUUUGCUUAAAUCAAUCAGCAGUUACAGUAAUUAAGCUGAUGACGCUGACCUACACGCUCGAGCAAUAGACUUGCAAAACAUAAACCGUUCUAUUUAACCUUAUUAUGUUUUUUUUAUACAUUUAGUUUUAGUUCUAAAUCAUCAUGAACUUUAAAGUCUUAAGUUUGAAGUGCCUUACAAAAGUAACGAUACCCCUUGAACUUCUCCACAUAUAGUUGUUACAACCCCAAAAUUUAAUGUCACUUUGCAAUUUUGUGAAACAAAGUUGUGCGUAAUUGUGAAGUGGAAUUGGAAAGAAUAAAAUUCUGUGAUUUUUCUUUUUGUUGUUUUUUUACAAAUAAAAAUCUAAUUUAAAUCGAACCUCCAAGCCUCAUACACAGCAUGUAGAAACUUCUUUGGCUGAAGGUAUGAUAAAUCUCAACUAGAUACGAAAUUUGUUAUUAUUUGCAAAACUAGCUUAAGUUCAGCCAGAUUGGAUAGGAGAGCUUUCAAGUUUUGCUAUAGAUUUUUAGAUUUAGGACUGGUCUCUGGGCUAUUCGCAGACAUGAAUCUGCUUUGAUCUGAACAAUUUUGUUGCAGCUUCGGCUUUAUAUUUAAUCUUAUUAUUGUUGAAAGCUAAACAUUUUCCUCCAGCUCCUCUAUCUAUUAUGAAGAAACUCAUCCCUACAGCAUGAUGGAUCACCAUCAUGUUUGUAGUUGAAAUGGGACAAAGUGUGAAUAAGUUCAAAAGGGGUGAAUAUUUUUGUAGGCAUCAGACCUUACAGAAACCAGCAGAAGAAACUGUAUAAGUGACCAUUCUUGUUGCCAGUCCAUCAGUUGCAAUUUAGUACAAGAUUUUGAAAGUCAAGGGUCGAUCUUAGCAGGUUUGGUGGAGCUGCACAAUUUUUAAAAACCAUAAAAUAACAUAAUGUGGUAUAGAGCCACAUUUUCCUCACUGCAUUUUCCUCUGUCACCAAGAGGAUUCCAGGGCCCUCUGUUAACUUGAGCAUCUCAGGCAGAGAGACUCCGUCCGACAGGCUGGAUUUGUCAUUGCCAUGCAUGAAGUCAGAAAACUCGUAAUAUAAAAAUAUUUCAACCCGGAGUCCUUUGUAUUCCCUAAUUAAAAGUUUUUAACAUUUUGUGGCACCACUGGCAUUUAUUCAGUAGUAGUUUAAAAGCAAGACAUGCAGAAAAGGAGGGCAUGCAGUGUUUUGCCUCCGUACCUACACCCCUAACAUAUGCUAAUAGAUUCCUAAUUAUUAAUUUUUUUAUUUUUCAUUAAUAUUUCUUUGCUUGGUUGGCUUUUUGGCUUAAAAGUGGUGUGCACUGCUGACCAUCAUUUACAUCCAAAUUUUUGAUUUUUCUUGUUUUGCCAAAACAUUCCCAGCCUAAACACCCAAGUGAUUCAACUGUUCAUUGUCAUGUGAGAUUUUGUUGCAUGCUGCCUUUAUCUCUGCAGAUUUCAGUUUUGUCUUGUGUCAAGAUUUUAACGAAUGUCAUGAGAUCAGCCAGAAAUCGAUUAUGUUUUGGGGUUAUGUCACUGUAUAAUGCGGCUUGUGUUUCUGCAAUACUUAUUUACACUGGAGACUGGAUUUUAUUGACCAAAUGAUAAUUUUUGUUUUUAAAAAAAAAGACUGGAUACAAUCACUGUUUUCUCUUAUGAUAAUCACUGUUGUGUCCCUGAAAUGAAGGUACAUAUUGAAAUGUGUGAGAAUCAGACACUUCUUUUCGCUUUCGGCAGCUGACUGGAGAGAUGGGCUUAUGAUGCAUUGAUAGCCUACAGAUUAAUCUGUAUUUACAUUUAUAUUUUUGAAGAAACAGAGCUAAAUGUGUGCUUUAUUGAGGUACUUGACUGAUAACUAUUGUUGGCUGGUGUUACCCAAAUAUACUGUGGAGUAUUGCAAUAAUCUGUUUAAAUUCACACCUAAACAUGUAUGAUACUAUUACAGCUGGGUGAGGAUUUGAAGCUCAUUCAUAUCUUUAAAACACUUGAGAGCUUGUAAGGUAUUGUGUGGAACAUCAUGCCACUACUUAUAAAUGUUAUCAUGAGCCACUUACUGUAGAUGCUGGUUGAAACCAAACAGAUUCCAGUGUUAGCAUCUGUCAGCUUUAGAUUCAUUACUUCACCAAGAUGUUUAUUCUCUUGUUUAGAGUGUAUAAUGAAUGGCUUUUAAGUCCAUUAAAUUACUGUAACCCAA